UGUUUUAUCAGAACUCUCUUCACAUCUCAUUGCAAAAGCGAAGCAUGGACACCAAUAUUAAUGAUGGAUCACUUCAGUACUCUCACAAACCCGUAAGCAACAACUUAGCCGGCCCAGGAAACGGCGUGGUGUCAACCAUUCAAACGGCCUCCGUCUCACCCAUGUCAGUCGUCAACCCUUCGCAGUCAACUCUCGGUAGCCACCUCGCGCGGCGACUCGUCCAAGUUGGUGUCACUGACGUUUUCUCUGUACCGGGUGACUUUAACUUGACUCUUCUCGAUCAUUUGAUAGCCGAGCCUAGGUUGAACGUGAUCGGCUGCUGUAAUGAGCUGAAUGCCGGCUACGCUGCUGAUGGAUACGCCAGAUCGCGUGGUGUUGGUGCGUGUGUGGUGACUUUCACUGUUGGUGGACUUAGCGUGCUGAACGCGAUUGCUGGAGCUUAUAGUGAAAAUCUGCCACUUAUUUGUAUAGUUGGAGGACCAAACACAAACGAUUAUGGAACGAACAGGAUACUUCAUCACACUAUUGGAUUGCCUGAUUUUACUCAAGAAUUCAGGUGCUUUCAGACUGUUACUUGCUUUCAGGCUGUGGUGAAUCACUUGGAAGAUGCGCAUGAACUGAUCGAUACUGCGAUAUCAACCGCUUUAAAAGAAAGCAAGCCUGUUUAUAUCAGCAUCAGUUGUAACUUGCCUGCUAUUCCUCAUCCUACUUUUUGCCGUGAGCCAGUUCCAUUUUCACUCUCCCCUAGAUUGAGUAAUCAAAUGGGGUUGGAGGCUGCAGUUGAGGCAGCGGCAGAGUUCUUCAACAAGGCAGUGAAGCCAGUGUUGGUUGGUGGGCCUAAACUGAGAGUGGCCAAGGCAUCUGAUGCCUUUGUCGAGCUUUCUGAUGCUUGUGGGUACCCACUUGCGGUAAUGCCAUCAGGAAAAGGGCUAGUACCAGAAGACCACCCUCAUUUUAUUGGAACUUACUGGGGUGCCGUGAGCACUGCCUUUUGUGCUGAAAUUGUGGAAUCGGCCGAUGCUUAUUUGUUCGCAGGACCUAUAUUCAAUGACUAUAGUUCUGUUGGGUACUCUCUUCUUCUGAAGCAAGAGAAGUCAAUUAUUGUCCAGCCUGAUCGCGUGGUUAUUGGGAAUGGACCUUCAUUUGGAUGUGUUUUGAUGAAAGACUUCCUGAAAGCACUUUCAAAGCGGCUACAGCACAACACAAAAGCUUAUGACAAUUACCACAGGAUUUAUGUUCCUGUGGGGCAACCUCUAAAGUGUGAAGCAAAAGAGGCAUUGAGGGUGAAUGUUCUUUUCAAACAUAUACAAAAUAUGCUGUCUAGUGAAACUGCUGUAAUUGCUGAGACAGGGGACUCUUGGUUUAACUGUCAGAAACUGAAAUUGCCAAGAGGUUGCGGGUAUGAGUUCCAAAUGCAAUAUGGAUCAAUUGGAUGGUCUGUUGGUGCAACUCUUGGUUAUGCGCAGGCUGUGCCCAAUAAGCGUGUCAUUGCUUGUAUUGGUGAUGGUAGCUUUCAGAUGACUGCACAAGAUGUAUCAACAAUGUUGCGAUGCGGGCAGAAGACUAUCAUCUUCCUGAUUAACAAUGGCGGUUACACCAUUGAAGUUGAGAUACAUGAUGGACCUUACAAUGUAAUAAAGAACUGGAACUACACUGGCUUGAUUGAUGCAAUCCACAAUGGCGAGGGCAAUUGCUGGACUGCCAAGCAGGUUCGGUGUGAGGAAGAGCUGAUCGAAGCAAUUGAGGAGGCAUUGGGAGUCAAGAAGGAUUGCUUGUGCUUCAUUGAGGUAACUGUUCACAAGGACGAUACCAGCAUAGAGCUGCUGGAAUGGGGCUCCAGGGUCUCUUCUGCCAACAGCCGCCCUCCAAACCCUCAGUAGAUCACUUGGGCUUGAACCCUUUAGAAAGAGAAAAUAAAUUCCGGUUUCUCGAACGGCUUGACCAAUCAGAGAAUUUCAGCUGUUUUCCAUUAUGGGUCUUUUCAAUAAUGAUAUAUAUCCAAAUCCGAUCCGUCUACUUGAUUUCUCUAGUCUUAUAUUAAAAAAAUUUCAAGAUCAUUCCCUCUUCAUUGGUUGUAGAUGGAUUAUUACAAAGGCUCUUUUUUGUAAUCUUCAAUCAGAUGUUCCAAAAAUGCUUAGGCUUGUUUUAUCCCAAUUAUAAUACCACUUACUCAUACAAAUUGCUAGCAACCUAGUUGAUGUCUUAAAUUAUAUGGAGCAA